AUGUUCCGAGUCACUGAUAAUAAGUUGAAGUGGCCAGCUCAGCCAUAUUUUGUUAAUAGGCUCCACUGGAGGGUUCUAUGGACGGGACAGAUUCCUCCCAAAGUAAUUUUCCCACUCAAAGAAUUACACUUGGCCCUAGAAGACCAGGUCAAGAGGAUCACGUCGCUCGAGAGUCAGAAUCGAAAGCCUUUGAGGAAAAUAUUCAAGGCAGGCUCUUUAAUGCAAAGCAUGAAUGGUGUGAGGACAUGUAUUAGUGAAGCUCUCUCCCGGUUUGCGACUUCAACUAAUAGAGCGCUCUCUGUAGACGGUGGCAACAACUUUAAACCUUCUCAAUACAAUUCAGAUGAGCUUUCAAAACUGCCCAAAGUAAAUGCUGAAUAUUAUCGUGUGGAGAGCAAGUCAGAAUGCCUCAAAACCACUCGGGACAAAAUCCGCAGCUCAAUUCUCGAGUACCUGAGGGAUCCUAAGAAUCGAUUUGUCUGGCUGCAUGGUUCGCCUGGGAUGGGGAAAACUGCGAUAUCUAUGAGUGUAGCUUCCACGCUUGACAAGCAGCACACCCUUGCAGCAUCCUUCUUCUGGGAUAAGAACCAAGAGGGAACAGGACUCGAUUCGAUAUCGUGCUUCCCCUCCACCCUUGCCCGACAGCUUGCGGCAUUCAAUGCCGAGUAUCAGAACUCGCUUAUCAGACAACUUUGGGAUCCUGCUUCAUUCAGUAGUAUUGAUGGUUCUCCUCUAGAGAAAGAGGUGAAAGCUCGGAUCAUCAACCCUAUGCAUGAACUUGGGGGUCUAUUGUCUUCAGGAAAGGGUCACCCUGUGAUUGUAUUGGAUGGACUCGAUGAGUGUGGGAAUCCCGAGGCACUUGCAUCUUUGAUGAGGCUCAUUCUUCUGCUUGAUGAACUGCCUUUGACGUUUGCCAUACUCGUCAGUUGCCAUCCGGAGCCACAAGUGAUUUGCACUUGGGCUUGGGCUCGAGCUAAUCCACAUCUUUCGAUCGCUCAUGAAGAUAUGGAUCAGAUUGCGGAAGACAAGAAUUUCCACACGAUCCAUUGUAUGGUUGAGAAGGGGCUUCAGGAUUGUAUCAUGGAGUCUCCCUGGAAGCCAACCAAGAAGGACCUCGAUGCGUUCUCUUCAGCUUGCUGUGGCUUACCUAUCAUCGCCUCAACCAGAAUACGUGAUGUGCAUGUUCAGACUCAAAGUGGCUCCAAAUCCGAGUUUGAUUACUAUCUCAAUCUCACGGAUGCACCUCAGGGUCUAAAUGAGGAGUACUUGCAAAUAAUGCGCCGAGCUUAUUUACGUCAGUAUCCCAAAAUGAAUUCACGUAUCACGGAGAAAUACCGUGAAGUUGUUGGGAUGGUAAUUGCGGCACGGAAGGGACUCAGCGUGUGUGAUAUAUCACAGCUCCUGAGAACGUUUACUGAGCAUGAGGUCUACUCGACACUCAAGCCCAUCAGCUCAAUAGUCAAUCUACCUUCGAAGAACAAAAGACUUAUCAAAUUCUACCACGCAAUGGUGAAGGAAUUCAUCACAGGAAAUCCAAUCGGCAAGGAAGAGGACAAAGUAUUCUUUAUUAGCGACAAGAAUGGAUAUUCAUUUGGGUUGCGGCUCCUUCGACUUGUGAAUGGUGCCAUUGAAAGGAAUGAAUGGGGUCUCCGAGACAUGAAUCGAGAGAAGCGACCCAAUUAUGUAUACUAUGCAUUUAAGCACUUGUUCCAACACUUGGACCCUUUGCUCCUCUUUUUGGAAGAGUCUAAUGAAUUGCAGAGAGAAUAUGAACAAUUCUGGAAACAAAACUUGCUCUCGUUCUUCGGAGCAGGUGGUGGUGUAAUUAUUCCUCAUAAUUGGUCAAAGAGUCACAAGUCAACAUCCAUCAUUUGUGCUGCCAUAAGCCUCUUUGGAGUCCGGAGUCUCAGGGUUGUUUAUCGAUUGGCCCUUCCAUUCACUCCGAAGUCAUCCCCCGUUUACAAGUUUGAUGGUCAUCUCUCAGACCCUGUUCAAGUCUUCAGUGUCUCCAGCGAGUUUGCUGGUGGCUUCAUCCCUUUAAGCAAGGAUACACAUAGGGCUCGAAAGGUGAUGGAGGUGGAGCUGACUAAAUUGCCAAAAGUGGUGAAUGAAUAUGGCAAAGAGGCAAUCAAUUAUGAAGCCGAGUUCCUCAAUGACAAUGUUCGCAAUGGCAUUGUGACCUGUGCAGCGCUCUCAAGGGAUGGCCAUCACAUUGCACUUGGAUUCGGAAGUGGCGUCAUUGAAAUAGCCAACAUUGAUAAUCAGUGCACCAUCUCUCGAUUUCAAAGCGAUCUUCCCUAUCCUCCUGUUUGGAUCAAGUUUAUCCAUGGUAGCAACGUCCACAUUGCUACUGAGGAUACUCAUGGAAAUGUUUCCAUUCUCGGAAAUGGAAUGCCUUCAGUGAAACUUGGCCCUCUCCCCAGUAGCCGUUAUCCCCCUGUUACUGUGGUGUUGGACAAUGGAUCUUUCAUCAUACGGGUCCCACAAAAUGCCAAAGGCUAUUGGUACAAGAACACAGCAGUCUUACGAGUUUCAGGCAACCCAUCCAUUCAGCUUCUCACACCUCCAACACUGUCUUCCUGGUCCAACUCUAAUCAUUUAUCUCUUCCUCAACGUCACCUGCUUGGCUUCUCUCCUACAGGCCGAUAUGUCUGUGCUUCAGAUGGGCAUGUUGUUUUUGUCUGGUCAACAGAUUCAGGCGAGUUCAUUGCUGAGUUUCGUAGUGCAGGUCUCGGCGAUGUGAUCAUCAAUACUGGCAUUGUCCCGUCUUGCUCCUUUCUCACCUUGAACACUACAUUCCAUCAACCCGCCUUUCCUUUGAUCUUGGGAGAGGAUACCCAGCCAGUUUCCAGGGAUGACUCAGAUGAAUCCUGGCUGGAGUGCCCCUGUUAUGACCUCUCACCAAGCAUGACGAACGACAAUUUUUGCAAUUAUUCCUCUGCAGCAGGAAAGGUCCCUUUAAUUUACCUUUCUAUCCAACCAGGCAUCUGGUUCAACGGAAACGUCAAUUCAACAUCCCAUUCAAUUACCGUGCAAUCAUGCGACAGCUAG